UUUUUUUGUAGCGUGUAACCUGCAGUGAUGCACCCGGCCGCUAGGGGCAUCACUUCAGCAUCACCGGGUCUGUUCUAACACACGGGAAGAAGACAUAACAGCAUCCAAGAUGGCGGCGGUAGAUGCAGAAACAAACCACGAAACAGGCAAACUGGAGUUCUCUCUGGACGUCCCGUUCCCGUCGCCUCGAGAGGCCCUGAUUGCCCUGCGCUCUUUGUCGCCAGACAGAGAGCCGAGAAAAGGUGGCAUCAGCAAGGAACUGUCCGUGUCCGACAGCACGUUGUCCGUGCGGUGGAGCGCGGAUGAAGCUCGCAUCCUCAGAGUGUCGGUCAACUCGUUUCUGGAUCAUCUGUCGCUCGUUGUGGAGACCAUGGAGAUGUUUGAUUCUUCCGCUUCCCAGUGAAAGCGUCACAACCUUUCAGGACUCUUUGAACGUCUCGUCCUCUUGGAGUUGUCAGGCGCGACACGUAAAAGAUCAACAGGUUCUGACUGAGAAAUGAAAAGGGAAGUUUGAGGAACAGGCAGCUUCAAGGAACUAAGAGGCAUGUGAUGGGUUCUUCUUCAAAGAAUCCACCUAUACAUGUUUAAAAACAACUUUGUAUGUGAGAAUGUAAAGAAAAUGGAAAAUUUGACAGCAGAACAGAAGUAACUACUUUUUGUGCUAUCUUGAUCUUCCUUAAAAAUGUUAAUUUAAGUGGUCCUUACUAGAACUUAAUGGACCUCCUAAACGUUAGUAAGACACUGAGCUAUAAUGAAAGAAUUAGUUGUUAUCCAAAUUUUGUAAGAUGUACAGAUUCACCGCAUAUGUAACAUUGUUUGACCAGCAGAGGGCGCUGAAUAAUUACAAAUAAUUGAUUGUUUUGUGUUUUGUUUCAGAGCAAACAACAACAAACUUUUUUUAAGUUGCAGUUAAGAUGAUGCAAGUAAAAAUAAAAUUCCAAUAAUUUACGUGUGUAAGGGACAAAAACGCCGUGUCUAAUAGUGUAAUACUGUAAAUAGAAGACAGGACAGUGAAGAGGAAAUGAAGUGUCUCGGAGCCAUAGGACUUGCAGAGUUCUAAUAAAUCCUGGUGAAUCGUGA